CUGAUGUCAGUAGUCCAGUAAUCUGAGACACAGUGACUCAAGGGAGACAUGGCAGUGGACACAAACUUGAUUCGUUGCGGCCUCACAGCAGCUUUCAUAUUUACAGUUUUUGGAAAGCUACCUGCACCACAGAAUGUGAAAAUGCAUACCAUCAAUUUUAAAAAUCUGCUUCAGUGGAGCCCAGUAAUCUACCACAAAGGCAAUGUUAAUUAUUCAGUAGAGUACCAAAGCUAUUAUGAUAAAAAUUUUAAAAAACACGCUCAUUUUAAGAAAGGCUGCACAAGCAUCACAAUGACAGAAUGCGACUUGUCCAGACUAUCCAUUAUGGUUGGUUAUUACCUGCGCGUAAGAGCUGAAUAUGAAAAUGAGACAUCGGAAUGGGCUGUUAUCGAUGAAUUUGAACCUUCUGCACAUACUGAAAUUGGACCGCCUUCAGUGGUUGUGAAGUCAAGGUUAGACAUGCUCGAUGUCAACAUCAUUGGACCUGUAAAUGAGAAUAAUUACAAAUCCAUGCAAGAAUAUUUUUUCGACAUGGCUUACAAAGUGUCUUACUGGAAAGAUGGAGAGGAAGAAAAGGUUGAGAAUAUUAACACUAAUCAGAAGAUGACAACCCUCACAAAUCUUGAAGCUUGGACCACCUACUGCGUGAAAGUGGAACCUGUCUUGCAUAACAGAAAAACACAUCCAAGUUCAAUUGUCUGUGGAACUACAAUGGAUAAUGGUAGAGUUCCAGUGUGGCAAGUGAUUGUGACUCUUCUAGUAUCUAUGUGUGUUGUUUUUGGUGUGACGAUGGGAAUUUUCUACUCAUCACAUUAUAUUCACAAGGCUGUCAAACAUAGUUUCCAACCUUCCUACAAUCUCCCCAAGCACAUAAAAGAGUACCUGAAAGAACCUUCACUGACAUCUCACUUUCUGCUGCCCCCACCCAAUUUGCAUGAAGAAUCAUUUGACAAACUAAGUAUUAUUUCAGACAUCCAACAGAGUUUUGAUAACACAAACAUUGACAUGAAUACAAAUAUGGAAAUGGUCGAGAAACAGCCGUGAAGGAGGAAAAUCCGAUGACUGAUGAUGGAGAAGAAGUCAAAGAGGUGCAAAAUAGUACCAACAGCAAUCUUUAUGGAAGAAUACAGACUCUGACAGAUCAUGUUACUUGAGUGAGUCAAAGCUGAAGAGAUGUUGAAAGAAAAUGUCACACAUACAACUUACACUUCUCUGAAAUCUUUGUGAAGAUUUUGUUCUGUAUAUUUCCUUCCGUUGUACAUGAAGUUCACAUCCUGUGUGUCUGCAUAGCUUUCUUUCAUUUCCUCUUCGGUGAACCAUGGACAUUUCUUGCAAAUUUCAGUAAAGCUGGGAAAGUGUUAUUCAUUAUAUUUUAGCACUAAAUUGAUGAUUUGAAUGUUUUUUGGAAAUGCUUUCGCUAAGAUUUUUGCAACUUCUCUAUUUUGUUUUUUCUUUCAUGUUUUGUAACGAGCAUUCAUUUGGAUUUAAUGGGCUGAAUUUUACCAAACAUCAGCUAAGUUGCAGUUUUGGAGAGUUUUGUGAAGGGUUUGUGAGGAAUUCUUCACACAACUCUCCACUGGCUAAUUUCAUUAUGGAUGCACCAUGCCUCCAUGGUGCCUGUUCCCACUAUCCAUUGCUGAGCAUUGGUAGAAGGCACUGGCAAAACUUCUGCAAUUGCCUGUCUUGGUGCCACACCUAAAGCCAAGCUGUGCACCACGUCAGGCACUGCAGGCCAGGAACUGUCCUUCACAGGCCACAUGAACAGAGGGUACAUAGGUGGCACAAGUGACAGCUCAGUGCAUGUAGAAGCAUACUUUCAUAAAUACAUUACUUCUUUACACUA